AUGACUCAGAAGGAACAUAGGGAACAGUGCAGCUUUUUGCUAAGAUGUGAAGAGGCAUACGACUUAGUGCAAGACUUCCUUAAUGACUCUUCACCCCAUGGCGCAAUCUCUCCGAGAGCAAAGGGGUACACCUACCGCCCUCAGCGUCGUCAGGUUGUAAAAGAGAAAGUGAAGAAGUCCCUUGAGGUGCUAGAGUCUUUCAUAGAGAGACACAGACUUGACUCGAUUUACAUCAAUUCCGAGGAGCCGUUUCCCGAAGUUCUGGAAUUCAUCACCGAGUCUACAGAUUUCUACAGUCUCAAUCCAUUUACCAUAAAAUCAUCAUUGAAGGAGGGAUUCCAACUUUACUUAAAUGAAAAGCCUACCAUAAAAAGUAUCGUCGUUGGUAUCAGGUAUGCCGACCCGUACGGUUCAAUGUUACAAUAUGAACAAGAGACCGAUCAUGACUGGCCUAAGUUUCUCCGUGUGCAUCCAAUUUUGCAUUGGCAUUACGUCGACAUUUGGGAUUUCAUCAUAGGCUGUGAUUUGGAAUAUUGUCUGCUUUAUGACAAAGGUUAUACCUCGAUUGGCGGUGUUGACACAACGUCGCCAAACGAAUUCCUCAAAAUUGGUCCUGAUUUCCUUCCAGCUUACAUGCUAGAAGAAUACGCAGAUGAGAGGGAGCGUUUAGGCCGGGAUAAAAAGACAUAG